AGGCACGUUGGAGCCAGCGGCGCCGGGCGCAGGUAUUUCAUGGAGAGAUUCCUUCCUGCCCCAUGUUGCCUGAGUGCUAGCAUUGCAGCUCUCUGCAGUGCCAUCUGAGACCAUAGGAGCUGGACUCAGCGAUGGGGGACUCUCCAACAAAUGCCACGGAUAGAGGCAUAAACAUGUACUGCAAAGACACACAGACUGAACUGGCAGAGAGGGUAGCAGCCAUAGAUGUAGCUGUUGGCCCAGACAGAAGUGACCAAAAUGGUGAAGACAACACUGAAGAAAAUGACACAGUCUUUUCUGAUAGCAUAAAAGACAUCCAAAGAAAUGGGGUCAGCAGUGACGUGGGAAUGAAUGAAUUCCUGCCUUCCCAAAGGUCAGAAGAUGCUCACUGGAGACACGUUCCCAAGAGGCCUCUCACUAGACCUGGCUUAUCAAGUAGGAAGUUGUCUCUUCAGGAGAGAUCAUCAGGAGGUUACUUGGCUUCUAGCAACGCUCCAGGUUAUGGUCCUUAUGCCACAGGGCCAUCACCACGUAUAAUGAGGAGACCAACAAUAGAGUCCAAUCGGGUGUCUAUAUCAGAUUCUGAGGACUGUGUGCAGUUAAACCAGUACAAGCUACAGAGUGAAAUAGGCAAGGGUUCCUAUGGUGUUGUGAAACUGGCCUACAACGAGAACGAUGACAAGUACUAUGCUAUGAAAGUUCUCUCCAAAAAGAAGCUCUUGAAGCAGUAUGGAUUUCCACGACGGCCUCCUCCCAGAGGGUCAAAAGCAUUGUCAGGAGAGCAGCCAAAACCCAUGGCACCACUGGACAGAGUCUAUCAGGAAAUAGCCAUCUUAAAGAAACUGGACCAUGUCAACAUUGUUAAGCUGAUAGAGGUCCUUGAUGAUCCUGCAGAGGACAACUUGUACAUGGUGUUUGACCUCCUGAGGAAAGGGCCUGUGAUGGAGGUGCCCAGUGAGCAGCCCUUCAGCGAGGAGCAGGCUCGGCUCUACUUCCGAGACAUCGUCUUGGGCAUUGAGUACUUGCACUACCAGAAGAUCAUUCACCGGGACAUCAAGCCUUCCAACUUACUCCUAGGGGAUGAUGGGCAUGUCAAAAUUGCUGAUUUUGGAGUCAGCAAUCAAUUUGAAGGGAAUGAUGCCCAGCUUUCCAGCACAGCAGGAACACCAGCCUUCAUGGCACCAGAGGCCAUUUCAGACACUGGCAAAAGCUUCAGUGGAAAGGCACUUGAUGUAUGGGCCAUGGGAAUUACCCUGUACUGCUUUGUUUACGGGAAGUGCCCCUUUAUAGAUGAAUACAUUCUGGGUCUACAUAACAGGAUCAAGAACAAGCCUGUGGAGUUCCCAGAAGAAGCACGGAUAAGUGAAGAGCUCAAGGAGCUGAUCCUACGCAUGCUCGAUAAAAACCCAGAAACGAGGAUAACAGUCCCUGAAAUUAAGGUGCACCCGUGGCUGACCAGGGCUGGUGAGGAGCCUCUGCCUCUGGAGGAGGAGCACUGCAGUGUGGUGGAGGUGACUGAGGAGGAGGUGAAGAACUCGGUGAAGACGAUUCCGAGUCUGCCAGCAGUGAUCCUGGUGAAGGCCAUGCUGAGAAAACGCUCCUUUGGGAAUCCCUUUGAGGCUCAGACGAGGCGGGAGGAGAGAUCCAUGUCUGCCCCAGGGAACUUACUCAUAAAACAAGGGAGCAGAGAAGCAGGCAGAGAGCCGGAGCUGCCCGACGUGUGUGAAGACGAGGCCACGUCCUGAAGCCGUGGCUGCCCUGGGCUGCUCACGUGCUGCUGCUGUCCCUCCCAUCGUGGUGUUGUCUAGCACACAUCUACCCUCAUCACCCAGUCUGGAGCCUGCAAAGCAAAAACAAACACCCACAACUACACCUGAAGCGAAACAGACCAAGGCAGCAAAGCAGAGAGGAGGAACAGAGCAGCAAUAAGAAGAGCGAGUCCUGGAGCGAGUCCCGCUGGGCCUCGGGUGCCCGUGCUCCUGGCCCAGUGUCUGCACCCUCUGUGUGUGCCUUGCUCCCCACUUGUGCUUCACCUCUGGGCUUUGCACUUGGGUGUCUUGGCCA